CCAAGGUCCACUCAUUAUCAUUCUCCUUUUUUCAAUUUUCUCCCACAACCCAUCUUCCAUUUUCUCCCAACAUCCCCAAAAAAACAAAAAAAAAAAAUCUACUAAAAAAAAGUUUGACCUGAAAUGGAUUCAUCAGAUGAUGAUGUUGAAGAGUAUCUUUUCAAGAUUGUAAUAAUAGGGGAUUCAGCAGUUGGGAAAUCAAAUUUGUUGUCAAGAUAUGCAAGGGAUGAGUUUAAUUUGCAUUCUAAAGCUACUAUUGGAGUUGAAUUUCAGACCCAAGUUCUUGAAAUUAAUGGGAAAGAAGUUAAAGCUCAGAUUUGGGAUACUGCUGGACAAGAAAGGUUUAGAGCUGUUACUUCUGCUUAUUAUCGUGGUGCUUUUGGUGCACUCCUUGUGUAUGAUAUAAGUCGGAGGAGUACUUUUGAAAGUGUUACUAGGUGGCUUGAUGAGCUCAAUACUCAUUGUGAUACAACAGUCGCAAAGAUGCUGGUAGGAAACAAAUGUGAUUUGGACAACAUUAGAGACGUUAGUAUUGAAGAAGGGGCGAAGCUUGCAGAAGCAGAAGGAUUGUUCUUCAUGGAGACAUCCGCGUUGGAUUCUACAAACGUUAAUAAGGCUUUUGAGAUUGUUAUCCGUGAAAUCUAUAGCAAUGUCAGCCGAAAGGUCUUGAAUUCGGAUUCCUACAAGGCAGAGUUAUCUAUUAACAGGGUAAACCUUGUAAAAGACGACGGAGAAGGAUCAAAACGAUCUUGGAGCAAUUGUUGCUCAAGAUAAACCAUGUCUUAACUGGUUAUACAUUUUGUUAUUGUUGGCUCAAGAUUAAGAGAUUUUUCAGUAUUUAUUCAAUUCACUAACACAGUGAAUUGUAUAAAUCUCUCUUAAUUCUGUUUGAGCAUAUGUAUUCUCACUUUUAAAUUUUAUUACUCUUAAAGGAUAAAUUGUUUGAUUCGAUGUAAACAUCAGGUACGAGGAAAUAUUUUUUAUGGGGACACAU